AUGGUUACAUCUAUUCUUCUAACUAAUAGAAUUACGAGUCAAUGUGACCCUCAGAAUGAUAAAAACAUAUUUCUCUGGUCAGUCAAUCACCCACAACUACUAUCUCAAGGAUAUCUAUUUGGCACAAUCCAUGUCCCCGUAACUGAGGUUUGGAAAGAAGUCAGCGAUCGGGUUCGUGAAGCAUUUGACAUCUCUGACACAGUUCUACUAGAGAUUGACUUACAUGAUGAAGCAACAAUCCAUGAAUUGAUAUCUUGUAAAAAUUUGGCAUACGAUGAAACGGUACAUUCGUAUCUACCAAAAGAAUUAUUUGGAAGGAUUGAAAAAAUAAUGGAAAACCUGCGUACCAACUUCCUUACCUGGGCACAAAGCCAGAAUCCACGAGAUGCCAGAAAAAUAAAGCACGCGGAAGAAAUCUACAACAAUAUCAUAGGUGAUUGGUGGAGAAAACGUCCGAUAUGGUUAUUAUUCCUGUUGUAUCAAAUGUGUGAGAACGUUUUCGAAAAAACGUCAAGCCCACUGUUAGACCUGUACAUCGCCCAGAAAGCCACCGACGAAAAAAAGACUAUCAUUCCCAUAGAAACCGCUGGGGAGCAAUGUAAUCCAGUAUGGACAGUCUCUGACGAUGAGAUUGUCUUUGCUAUCGAGCACACCAUUCAUUAUCUAGAAGACAAGUUUCGAGAAAAAAAAGUAGAAGGUUCCGAUGCAAAGAGUAGUCUGAAGGAGCUAAUAAAGCACUACAAGUGUGGAACUCUCAAAGAAGAUAUAUUUGAAAAAGAAGGAAUGUCCAUAAUAGAGUAUGCCACUGACACUACAGGACGAUUUAAAGCGGAUGAGGCAAGCACUUGUUUCUAA